CCUACGGACACGCAUCAACAAGGUCUACGGGUCUUACCAUCCGAUCGCCUCUCGUGACAAGGUGCACGUGUUAUCGUUAGGUAAGACUGUUUACUCGCGUGUUAACAGUAGAUAAAUUCAUUGCCACGUGUAGAAGAUCGUCCCAACCAGUGGACCAAUACACAAACUACAACCCGCUACGUAAUAUACGUAGUUUAUCAGCGGGACGAGGAUCAGAUAGACUGACAGUGGUGUCGCGUCAGUGCUGAAUCAAUGGCUUCCUGACCGUGGACGAUAAGAAUCCGUAUCACCGUCGCUGAAUACCGGACCUCCGAUCUUGUCAGUCUCGGUCUACUACAAACACACACCGUCAUGAACGUUCUCCUCUGCAUCGCUGUCUGUGCGACUUUGCUAUUUGUGGCCCAAGCGGAGUCCAUCAAUUUCAAGAACUGCGACGCCAAUGGCACCGUGACGUCAAUGGACGUCGCGCCCUGCCCCGUGCAGCCAUGCGUGUUCCAUAAGGGCGACAACGCCACUGUCAAAAUCUGUUUCACGGCACCUGCGUCGUCCAAUAACUUGACAGCUGAGAUUGAUGGGGUCGUGGCGGGGAUCCCAGUCAAGUUCCCCAUGCCGAACCCAAACGGCUGUUACCAGUCCGGCAUCGGGUGCCCCAUCUCCAAGGGCCAGACCUAUUGCUACACCAACAACCUGGCAGUGCUGCCGUCAUACCCCUCGAUCCGGCUCGUGGUCAAAUGGUCACUCUUUGGGGACGACAAGGUCCCUGAGUUCUGCGUCCUGUUCCCCGUGGAGAUAGAUGGUGCUGGGAGGGACACUCCCACGGGGAGAGGGGUAGACACGCCCAGGGAGAGGGAGGUAGACACGCCCACGGGGAGGGAGGUAGACACGCCCACGGAGAGGGAGGUAGACACGCCCACGGAGAGGGAGGUAGACACGCCAACGGAGAGGGAGGUAGACACGCCCAGUCGUAAAGACGGGAAUAUUGAAUGACUACUCCAUGUGCAGUUUCAGUCCUGGGUCUUCCGCAUUACCAUGGAGACCAAGAGCAACAUCCCCUGACCCCGUGGUUCUCACUGUCUCCACAGCCCCAGAGAAUAAAUUAAUUAAGGAGUCAAAGUCGAGAAUGAUUGGGCAAGUGUAGACUGCCUCCGUUCAAGGCAUGAAAUAAAGAAUUCCUUUUGGAUAACCGCCAUAUAGCUGGAAUAUUGCUGAGUGCGGCGUAAAACAACAAGCUUCUGGAUUAUGUUUGUUUUUCAUCUGGUAGAGAUAUGUUUUAACUAGAACAACUAUGUAAGACUAAAUGCCUACCUUUUUGUCAGCUUCCAUAACUACUGUGAUUGUGAGGUUGGACAUCGUGUCAGUGUCAUAGGUCUUGUUGCACUUCCAUUUCAAUACAAUUUUGCAUUAGUCUGACACAUUUGAACGAUUUAGUGUAUAUAUGAUGUUUUAUUAAUGGAUUUGUAUGUUUUGUGCUUCUGUAAAAACCUGUUCUCCUGCUCGUGUGCUGUACAUGCGUUAUAGGUAUAAACCUACAAUGUAUAUGUUUUAAAUGGAUUUGUAUGUUUUGGCUUCUGUAACAACCUGUUCUCCUGCUCGUGUGUUGUACAUGUGACUGGGCGAAACGUUCGUUAUAGGUAUAAACCUACAUUGUAUAUGUUUUAAAUGGAUUUGUAUGUUUUGAGCUUCUGUAAAAACCUAUUCCCCUCCUCGUGCGCUGUACAUGCGACUGGGUGAAACGUAUACAUUGUAAACCUUAUCUUCAUAUUAAAAAUGAUAGCGACCAAAAUGCGAUAAAUUAUCUGAAUUCCACACAAAUAGCAGAAGAUGAGAGCAAAGUCAGAAUUCUAGUCACGAGGCGAGUAUUGUAACUCCAGGUCAAACUAAUCGUGGCUAGUUAGUUUCUCCAGUCACGUGUACACCAUAUUUGGUUCAUGCCCUGAACCAGUAAUAAUAUAGACACAAAGCUUGGUUGGUUACAAAUUGCCUUUUUAAUAUAAGUCUCCAUGUUUGUUUUGUGUAUAUAUUUGAAAUAAACAAUAUUACAGUUUUCUAAAAUGUGA